AUGGAAACAUCUAAAGUUGAAGACAAAGAUGAGAAAGGAGGUCAUCUGCCAAAUAUUCAACAGGAAGAAGACUCCAACGUGCUUGGAUUUGAUCCUAAUAGUAUUUUUGUCCCAGAUACAAGAGAAGAUCUUGAGGAAUUGAAGAUAGGAGAACCAGAUUCUCCACCUUUUAGAAAAGCUUGUAUGAGGGCAUCUGCGCCUUUAGUAUCCCAGGCAGCUGCCCCUAUGUCUAUUCCAAAGUGAAUAGAGCAAUUUGGAACUAGCCAGGGAUCUUUCAAGCCUAACGAGCACCUGAGGAGGGUGUUGAGCGGCCACACUAUCGAAUCAAUAAAGGAUUUAUUAAAAUGCUUUAAUCUCAAAUCUUGUAAGGAAAAUAAAAAUUUUAUUAUUGCAGAAAUUAAGGGUCAGCCAGGAAGGAUGAUAAUCAGAAAGGACAAAUUUUCAACUAGCGAGGAUACCCAGACUCUUCACUUCAUCGAUGAAACUGUGCCUGAAGACCUUACUAACCAUGGAAAGACUGAGGACAAGCAGUCUUGGCCUGAUCUUCCUGUUAGUAUGGACUGGGUCAAAAUUAAAGAGGAUCAUAAAGAAGAAAACAGAACCAACAGAGAGAAUCUGAUCGUAAAGAAAAUGGCUAGGAUGCUAGAACAAAAGAAUGGGGGUGUAGUUAAUGAGGCUAUGGUCCACAAAUGGUUAAUCGAUAAGCAGUAUCUUACCGGGAGACCUCGUUCCCUUUUCGAAACCUAUAAGAUCAUUAUAAACGAAGUUGGAGGAAUUCAGCCUGAUGAAAGGCCUUUACAGGAUCAAAAUCAGAUGAUGCAGGCUCAAAAGCCAAAGCCACAGUUUAGGUCUUGAGGAACAGGCUUGCCAGGGGCUUCCUUCAAUUUUGAUGGCCUCGAAGAUAUAGGUGAAGAUAUGGUGUUUGACGAGCUUGAUGAUGACUCUGAAGAAAAGAGUGAGGAAGACAAUGAAGUUCAGGACAUAGUUUCAAAAUUUCACUCAGAAAAUAAAUUUGAAGGCUCUUCUGAUAUCUCAGGAAAAUUUAUAGAAAGGGUAUCAUCCGAGCAGCCAACUGGAGAAAAACUAGAUAUAGCUGACAAUGUGCCUUCAAUGAUUGGUGGUAAACAAGCAAUUGAAGAAGUUUCGGAACUUAGUAUUUUAAGAGAACAACUUAAAUUAGCCAAUCAGGAAAUAGAGAGAUAUCAGAAGCUUGUUCAGCAGAUACAGAGAGCAGUUAGUUGGAACAGUUGUGAUAUGAGCCAAGCUAAGGUACACCUCUCUUUCUUGUUCGCCUCUCCAUUACUCAGGAAGGCUAAGAAUGGAUAUGAGCAAGUGAUGCUCUUAGACUAUAUGUCUGAGAUCAGAGAUAUCGAAUCGAACCUUCAAAAUGUUAAUUAUGAGAUUAAAUAUAAUAAAUCAGUGGCAACUCUGAAGAAUUUCAAUAGCAUUAUCUCUGAAAGGCCAGUGGUACUACACUUCUCUGGGCAUGGAAUCAUCAACUCUAUCCAAAACAUGGGCUCAGAGUAUUCUUUUGUCAAAAAUAAAGGAAAUGUCAUCCUAUUGGAAGAUGAGUAUGGCAUGAGCAAGUACCUAUUUGAAGAGGAGUUGCGAAACAUGGUAGAGAUCAUUGAUUUCAAGUUCGAAGUGGUUUUCAUAGCAUCCUGCCACUCAGAAUUUGCUGGGAAGAUCUUCUCAAAUGCAGGAGCCAAUCAUGUGGUAUGCAUAAAAGGAUCAGAGAAAGUCAGAGAUUUAGCAGCUCUAGAGUUUGCCCAAGUGUUUUAUGAGAUGCUUUUUGCAAAGCAAUAUUCUCCUUGUGAAUCCUUCCGCAUUGCUAAAGAGGCUAUCAAGAGGAACUAUUAUGAGUCAGAGUCUAGCAAGUUUAUCCUAAUGACUUCAAAUAAUGGAAGCAAGAAGAAACAUGAGUGUAGAACUUUGAUAAAUUUUACACCCGGAAAAGUUAAGAACCUGGAUAAAGAACCUGAAUUUUCAAUAAUUCCUUCAAGAGUCUCUACUUUGAAGGGAAGACAGAGAGAGAUCUAUGAUAUCAUGCUUGGGCUGAAAGAGAGUAAGAUGCUCUGUGUACACGCUAGGCAAGGAAUGGGCAAAUCUGCUGUUAUCAGGAAUACAUGUCAACAUAUCAAGCACAGAAAUUAUUUCAAAGAUGGCAUUAUAUUCCUCAACUGUAAAGAAAUGAAAACAACAGAUUCUUUGAUAGAGGAAAUUGAGAAGUACAUCGAUGGAUCUGACGAUAUAAGUUCUAGCGUGAGUGGAUCUUUGGAGGAUUCCCAGAUGACAUCGACCAAUAAUUUGAGCACUCUCCUUCACCGAGUUUUGAGCAAAAAGAAAUUAUUGGUUGUUUUGGAUACAAUCGACAAUAUUUAUAACAACGACCAGGAAUCAUUGUAUAAUUUAUUAGACACUUUAAUAGAUAGUUGUGAAGAGGCAAGAAUACUUACUACAUGUAGGAUUCCUUUGGACGACUUUAAGAACAUAGAUGCUGCUUCCUAUAAACUUCAUCCCCUCUCAGAUAGAGAUACUUACUCCUUGCUAGUCCAAUUCUCAAAGAGGCACAUUCCAACUCAGGAGGUGUCGGAACUUGUGAAAGCUCAUCCUGGGUGUGAAAAUUUGUUAGCCCACCCCAUCUUUAAGCAUCUUGGCGGACAUCCAGAGACCAUCUUGAAUUUCGCAGAAGACCUAGCAUCUGGUUCUAGUAUUUUGGAUGCUUAUAACUACAGAUUUGUGGGUAAUCAGAAAUAAGCAGAUUCAACCAA